CCCGUGGGAUCCGCGCCGCCUCCGACCUCGGCUAGGGGGCCGGGCUUCCCUGGGGACUGGCCGGCCCGCGGCGGGCUCCCGGGCUGGGGUCGCCCCCUGCCUGCGGCGUUCUCAGACAUCCCGUCUGAUUUCUAACGCUCACCCUUCCACCGCGCUGGGGAAAAGAUGUGGGAAGAUAAAUGAAGGGGUCUAGAUGUAAAUGUCAGUGGAAAGGAGAGCUACCACCACUAAGGGCUGAAAACACAGUUAAAUCACUUUCAAAGUUAAAAGACUAUUAAGAACACAAGAUGGGGACUCCUGGUUCUGGAAGGAAAAGAACACCUGUGAAAGACCGAUUUUCUGCAGAAGAUGAAGCUUUGAGUAACAUUGCCAGAGAGGCAGAGGCAAGGCUGGCAGCAAAACGGGCUGCCCGGGCAGAAGCAAGAGAUAUACGCAUGAGAGAACUGGAACGGCAACAAAAAGAGUACUCUCUUCAUUCCUUUGAUCGGAAGUGGGGACAGAUUCAGAAGUGGCUGGAAGAUUCGGAAAGGGCCAGGUAUUCCCACCGGUCCAGUCACCAUCGUCCUUAUCUGGGAGUUGAGGAUGCAUUGUCCAUUCGAAGUGUUGGCAGUCACAGGUAUGAUAUGUUCAAGGAUAGAUCAUCAAGACUUUCAUCAUUAAAUCAUUCUUACAGUCACUCUCAUGGAAUGAAGAAGAGGUCUUCUGAUUCUCAUAAAGACCUACUGAGUGGCCUCUACUUUGACCAGAGAAACUAUAGCAGUCUUAGACAUAGCAAACCCACCUCUACCUACUACACUCGGCAGUCUUCUUCCCUGUACAGUGACCCUCUGGCAACAUAUAAGAGUGACAGGGCCUCUCCUACUGCAAAUUCUGGUCUGCUGAGAAGUGCCAGUCUGGCAUCAUUGUACAGUGGUGGAUUAUAUAACCCAUAUGGUUCUCGAACUCCAUCUGAAUGCAGUUAUUACUCAUCAAGAAUAAGUUCAGCCCGAAGCAGUCCAGGGUUUACCAACGAUGACACUGCAAGCAUUGUGUCUUCUGAUCGUGCCAGUCGUGGACGAAGGGAGAGUGUGGUAUCUGCCGCUGAUUAUUUCAGUCGCUCCAAUCGUAGGGGAAGUGUUGUCUCUGAGGUGGAUGACAUCAGUAUCCCAGAUUUGUCCAGCUUGGAUGAAAAAUCUGACAAACAGUAUGCUGAAAAUUAUACAAGACCUUCAUCUCGAAAUUCUGCCUCAGCAACAACCCCUCUAAGUGGAAACUCAUCCAGACGAGGAAGUGGGGACACCAGCAGCUUAAUAGAUCCAGACACUUCAUUAAGUGAAUUGCGGGAUAUCUAUGACCUUAAGGACCAGAUACAGGAUGUAGAAGGGAGAUACAUGCAGGGGCUUAAAGAACUAAAGGAAUCUUUGUCUGAAGUGGAAGAAAAAUACAAGAAAGCCAUGGUUUCCAAUGCACAGUUAGACAAUGAGAAGAACAAUUUGAUCUACCAAGUAGACACACUCAAGGAUGUUAUUGAAGAGCAGGAGGAACAGAUGGCAGAAUUUUAUAGAGAAAAUGAAGAAAAAUCAAAGGAGUUAGAAAGGCAGAAACAUAUGUGUAGUGUGCUGCAGCAUAAGAUGGAAGAACUUAAAGAAGGCCUGCGGCAAAGAGAUGAGCUUAUUGAGGAGAAGCAGCGCAUGCAGCAGAAAAUAGACACCAUGACAAAAGAGGUGUUUGACCUCCAGGAGACACUUCUUUGGAAAGAUAAAAAAAUUGGGGCCCUAGAGAAACAGAAAGAAUACAUUGCCUGCCUUAGCAAUGAGCGAGAUAUGCUCAGAGAGGAGCUGGCUGACCUGCAGGAGACAGUGAAGACGGGAGAGAAACAUGGCUUAGUUAUAAUCCCCGAUGGCACUCCCAAUGGUGAUGUCAGUCAUGAACCAGUGGCUGGAGCCAUCACUGUUGUGUCUCAGGAAGCUGCUCAGGUCUUGGAGUCAGCAGGAGAAGGGCCAUUAGAUGUAAGGCUACGAAAACUUGCUGGAGAGAAGGAAGAACUACUGUCACAGAUUAGAAAACUGAAGCUUCAGUUAGAGGAGGAACGACAGAAAUGCUCCAGGAAUGAUGGCACAGUGGGUGACCUGGCAGGACUGCAGAAUGGCUCAGACUUGCAGUUCAUCGAAAUGCAGAGAGAUGCCAAUAGACAAAUUAGCGAAUACAAAUUUAAGCUUUCAAAAGCAGAACAGGAUAUAACUACCUUGGAGCAAAGUAUUAGCCGGCUUGAGGGACAGGUUCUGAGAUAUAAAACUGCUGCUGAGAAUGCUGAGAAAGUUGAAGAUGAAUUGAAAGCAGAAAAACGGAAGCUACAACGAGAGUUACGAACAGCACUGGACAAGAUUGAGGAGAUGGAGAUGACCAACAGCCACCUGGCCAAGCGGCUGGAGAAGAUGAAGGCCAAUAGGACAGCACUUCUGGCCCAGCAGUAGGAAAACCACCCUUCAACCUGGGUGAUGCUCCUUGGGGCCCUACCUAGAGGGACUGACUUUUGUCCAUUGACACAAACCCCUUUUAGUACUGUUUUGAGUUUUGUCAUUAAAACAGCCACCUUUGUAUUUUAUAAUUUAUGAGAGAAUGAAGUCAUUUUGAAUCUACAUGAAUGAACACUUUGGAUUUUGUUGUAGUUUGAUUCUAGGGUAGAACCAGUCCAUGCUGUUUUUAUUUUUUAUCUCCGUAAUUGUAGAAUCAUGUUUACUCAACAUUUUUCCCCAGCUGCCUCAGUAACUGGGCACUCGGAGGCCUUGGCACGGGUUCUGGAGGACAGACAGCAAUUCUAUGAGUGCUUACUGAGAUACUUGCUGGAGACCUCAGAAAACACAAGUGCCUUCUCCACGGUGCAAUUCAGACUUCAGUGAUCUCCAGUGGUCAAAAGACAUUUACCCUUAAUAUCAGACAACAUUUAUAUUUUAGUGAAGAAACAAGUUCUCGGGUGGGGAAUCUAUGUUUCACUCAAAUUUAUAUGUUUGGAGGAAAAAAGCCUUUUUUUGUAAAAUAUUUAAAUUUAUAUAAGAAAAUGUUAGAAAAAAAUAUGGGGAGUGUAUAUAAAACUUGCUUUAUUGCAUGGGGCAGGGGAAGUCCAGGCCUAAUACUCUUAAAGUAAGAGUUGGGUCUUUUUUUUCUUCAAUACAACUGUGCUGUACCUUGUAAAGUGUUUUAUCUGCUGCUUAUUUGUGGAAUGAAACCUCAAACAAACCCAAAGGGGGAGGGUAGGGCAGGGCAGGCAGAUUGGAAAUCUGCCUGCAGAUUCUAUUAAAUACACCCUUUUGCCAACCACAA